AUGCCUGACGACCACCGGCUUUACUCAGCCAGUUACUUCCAAAACGUGCUGCCUGUGCCCUGUCACUCCCACAACGACUACUGGCGCACCACUCCUCUCUACGCCGCGCUUGGCAGCGGAUGCGUGAGCGUCGAGGCCGACGUCUGGCUCCGAAACGGCGAGCUGUACGUAGGCCACUCCGCCUUCGAGCUAACAGAAGGAAAAACACUAUCAAACACCUACCUCAACCCCCUCCACAGCAUCCUCCAGACCACGAACAACAACGCCGCCAGCAAAUCCGCCGCCGCCGCCUCGGACCCCCACCGCCGCGGCGUCUUCUACAUGACCCCAACCCAAACCCUCACCCUCCUCAUCGACCUCAAAACCGCCGGUGACGACACCCUCGCCGCCCUGCACGCACAGCUCGAACCGCUCCGCGCCGGCGGGUGGCUGACGCACUGGAACGGCAGCGCGCGCGUCGAGCGGCCGGUGACGGUCGUCGCGUCGGGCAACGCGCCGUUCGACGCCCUCGUCGCCAACACCACCUACCGCGACGUCUUCUUCGACGCGCCGCUCGCCGCCCUGCACGACCCGGCGUCCGACAGCCCCACCGCCUUCGUCGCCGCCGACGGCACGACGCCGCUGACCAAAUACAACCCGUCCAACUCGCACCUCGCCAGCGCCAAGCUCGCCGACGCCGUGGGCCCGCUCAGGCACGGGAGGCUGAGCGCGUGGCAGCUGCGCGCGCUGCAGGGGCAGAUACUCGCGGCGAAGCGGAGGGGCCUUGUGCCAAGGUACUGGGGCACGCCGAGGUGGCCGAGGGGGUUGAGGGAUGAGAUAUGGGAGGUUUUGGUGAGGGAGGAGGUGGGGUUGUUGAGUGUGGAUGAUUUGAGGGCGGCGAGGAAGGGACUUUGGGGCCUUUGGCCGCAGGAUGGUGGUGGUGGUGGGAGGGGAUGA